UUACAGACACCUUAACCAUAUAGAUGGUGAAAGAUAUAGAUAUAGUACAUGUCUAGAUGCUACUCUAACCUAUCUACACUGCAGAACCACAGGCCUUACGUUAUUAAAUCCUCAGUUCCACUGUUCUCUAAUGGGAGGCUACAUCAACUCGAGCCAAAGUAGUGGUACUAUCAGAUCCCUCAGUGUACACCACACCUACACACGAACAAAUUCUCUUGUUUGUAUGUAGCCAUUGCUUGGUAGAGCCUGCAGGUUCUUUCUUGAGGGAACGGAUGAGGCGAAGCUGAUCAGAUCAGGGUCAUUCUUCGGCGGCAUGCAUUGACAUGUUCAACCCGGACCACCCGAGCCUCUGCGGCGGCGGCGGCGGCGGCCCACCCGCUCCGCCGAUAAGCCCUCGCAUCUCUUUCUCUUGUGACUUUGUGGUGGAGAGGCCAACCGCGCGCGUUCCCGGUCCCCCGCCUGACCCCAACUUCGAGUUCGCUGUCGGCAGCCACCCGAUGAUCGCGGCCGACCAGCUCUUCUUCGAGGGCAGGCUUCUUCCUCUCAAGGACAACUGCCCUUCUGGUUCCCGCAGGAGCGUCACCACGCUCCGCGACGAGCUCCGCGCCGCCGGCGAGGGCGGCGGGCAGCAGCGGGAGCGGCCGUCGAAGGGCCCCAUCAAGUGGAAGGAGCUUCUCGGGCUCAAGAAGCCACGUGGCUCCGCGGCGAAGAAGAUCGAUAAAAGCGAGGGUCCUUCUGGAGCUGCGGAUGACCAUCUCGGAAAGUCUAUGCAGGUCGGUGGCAAUAUUUUCUGAACGAGGAACCACAUUGCUUCGCUCUGUUUAUGUACCUUCUUCUAUAUCCCACGCUAUGCUUCCUCUCCUGAGACUUUUAGGCUAUCUUCCUGUCAUCUCGUCCUUGUUAGGGUUUUGCUGCAUGUAGACGCAAAAGACACUGUUGGCAGUAGCAGCUAACUAGUAGUACAAUACCCUCGCAAAGAUCACAAACACUGAUGGGACUUGGUCAUCUCUCUUUUGUUUCUUUUAGGGGCUAUGAAAACUAGAGGAAAACAUGAUCUUAAUACUGCAACGGCAACAGUUCACUUAAGCCAGUGGGAGAAGUAGCAAUGCUUUCUCUCCAUCUUCGUGCUGAUGGUUUGUUGUUCCUUAGGGUGGAGUUGGAUAGACACUCCUAGCAGAAGCUGGUUGGAAAGGCUAUGGGGAUGGUGUUUGUGAGAAGGAAGUCUGUUGAUGGUAUUAACUCGCUCAUUAAUCUGUAUAUUGUGGAAGGAAACAUAUGCAUUGUUUUAGAGCCAGGGAUGUAUGUAUCAGAUGAGCUGUCUCUUCUCUUCUUC